CGGGGUCGGAGCGUGCAGCCGCCGCAGCCCAGCUCGGCCCGGCCGCGCUCGGGGGGAGCCGCGGCCGAGCGGGGCCAUGCGGGGCCGGGCUCCGCUCCGCUCCCUCCCGCUCCUGCUGCUCCUGCUGCUGGGCUCGGCCGCAGAAACUCCUCCCUAUUUACCAGCCCCCAAAAAUGUGGAGGUUUAUUCCUACAACUUCCAGAGUUUGCUGAGGUGGUCUCCUGUUCCAGUGGAGAAUGGCACAGUGUUAUACACAGCCCAGUACAGAACAGGGUCCUGGAGUGCCUGGGAUGAGAUGGGCUGUACAAGGACCCCCCAGCCCCAGUGCUGGUUCCCCCCCGAGCUGCAGCGGCGGCGGCGCUGGACGAUCCUGCUGCGGGUGCGCGGCGAGCUGGGCACGCUGGCAUCGGCCUGGGCACACUGCCCUGCCUUCGUGGCAGAGAGAAACACCACUCUGGGCCCCCCCAGGGUGAACAGUGUCAGUGCCAGCCCUGGCUCUCUGCUCAUCAGUGUCAGCCCCCCCUUCGCCCCUGAGCCUGGGGACAUCCUCCAGUACCUCGUGUCCUACUGGGAGAACAGCACCAGUGCCACAGAAAAGCAGAAGCUAAGUGAAAGCAAGACACUAUUCCAAAUUGGAAAUCUCAAGGAGUCAACACUUUAUUGCUUCAGGGUUCAAGUGCAGCUGAGGAUUUACUCAGGUCACCUGUUGGAAGGGCAGCCAAGUGCCCCAGAGUGUCACAGAACUGCCCUCAGUGAGGCAACCCGAGCUGGGUACAUCAUCCCCCUGUUUGUCCUGGCCUUGGUGGUUGCCAAUCUGGUGGCAGCUGCUUUGCUGAUCCUGUGGAAAAACCGCGAAAAAAUCAAAUACUGGGCUCAGCCCCCUCUGGAAAUCCCAUCCCACUUCAAGGAGUUCCUGAGGGACCCUGGCUCGGCUGGCCUGGAGGAGCUGUGCAGUCCUGCUGAGGAGGAGCCCCAGGCCCUUGUGCUGGGAGAGGGACCUGGCCAGGAGGGUGAGGAUCCUUCACCCAACACCUCCAGGGACAGGGCAGCCACUGCAGGGCCACCCCAGUGAGUGCCACCUGCCCAGGGCUGUCCAGAGGCUGCUGCCAGGACAGUCCUGAACACAGAGGAACAGAGCCUGGGAUCACAGGAGAAUCCUCAACACAGAGCCUGGGAUCAUAGGACAAUCCUGGACAUGAACCCCUGGGAUCACAGGACAGUCCUGACCACAGAGCCUGGGAUCAUAGGACAAUCCUGAACAUGUAUCCCUGGGAUCACAGGACCAUCCCUGGGAUUACAGGACAAUCUCUGGGAUCACAGAACAAUUCCCUGGGAUUACAGGACAAUCUCUGGGAUCACAGGACAAUCCCUUGGGAUCACAGGACCUCCCUGGGAUCACAGGACCACCCUGAACCCAGACCCUGAUGCUCCAGGGGCCUCUGCCCAGCUCCCCCAGCUCCUCACUGUGCCGGAAGCACUGGGAAGAGGGAAGGUGGAAGGGAAGGAACACUAAGUUGCCUGGAGCCAGGUGGAUGAAAGGGGUGAAUUCCCACCCCAGUUUGGAAGAAUAACUGCACUUUAUUGAUGUGGGGUGACCUGGGAUUUUUCAGGGUGUGAAUUCCAUUUACACUGCUUGGUUUCUGUUGGCAGUAACACUCCCAUCAGACCCACCCCAGUCUGCUUUCCUGAUUCAUUUUAAGUACAGGACAAACUAAAAAGGAGUUUGUGGGUACUUUCCUGGGGUGAAGCUGUGCCAAGAGCCCCUCCCAGAGAGAUCUGCUCUUAUCUGCCUCCUCCCACCCUGCUGAAGCUGCAAUCUGCUGCUGCAGCCAGGCAGGGCCCUGCACACAUCAAAGGACCUGAGAGGAAUUUUACUCUGAGUUUUUCCAACGUGUUUCAGUCCCUGUCAGACACUAAAACCUCUUGCUGAGCACCAGCAGAAGAGAAGUUGACUGAGAGUUUUAGUGCCUUAAAGCAGAAGAGCCCAAGUUAAACCCCCCAUCAGCCCCUGUGGGGUCUGGAGUGUCCAAUAAAGCACAAAGAACAAGUGAACCUCUUCUGUACUAAAAAAUUGGGUUAUUUGAUUUUUUUUCCCUGGGUUUCAUAUGAAUUGUUAAAAAAAAAACAAUAAAAAU